AUGGCAGCGCUGAGACAGGAGCAUCGGUAUGGGCUCUCCUGUGGCAAGAUCAACAAAAGCGCCCCGAAUAAAACUCUCUAUCACGUAAAGCUCACUGACACUGCCAUCCGGACGCUCGAAGCCUUCCAGAACCUGAAGGAAUCACUACCAAAUCAGCCUGCUAUUUGCUUCAAGGGGAGCCAGGGGUAUCUUAAGAUCCCAGCGCCGUCUCCCGAAUCUCCUGACGCACUCAGAGUCUUCUCCUUCUACCUAUCCAGUGACAGCAAAGACAAACCUCAGGCCAGCUUUGACUGCAUUCACCAGUAUGUCUCAGGGGAGGGUCGGGAGCACCUGGAGGGCCAGGGAAGUAUUCAGGACAAAAUCACAGUUUGUGCCACAGAUGACUCCUACCAGAUGACACGGGAGCGCAUGUCUCAGGUGGAGAAAGACAUCUGGAGCCGCUCAGCCAUCGAGAUCAAGCCGGGGCCAAGUAAAUGUGUGAAGGUCCAGCGGAAGCACGGUCUGCUGUCGGGCCCGGACAGCAGCAACAAGCACUCUCCUAACAACAAGAGGAGCAUGGCUCCCAGCCCCGUGGCCCAGCGGCCCUUGAGGGACCGCAUUAUUCACCUCCUGGCCUUAAAACCGUACAAGAAACCCGAGCUGCUGCUGUGGUUGGAGAGGGAGCGGGCCAGUCCAAAGGACAAGGCCGACCUGACCUCAGUUCUGGAUGAGGUUGCAAAGCUGAACCCCAAGGACCACGGCCUAACCCUGAAGGAUGAGUUGUACAGACAGGUCCAGAGAGACUGGCCUGGCUACCUCGAGGAGGAGAAACAGCUAAUCCAUAGGCUCCUGGCCAGGAAACUUCAGCCGCUCCACAGUAGCCAGUUAAAGAGUCUGCAGUCCAACAAUUCAUUCCACAAAGCCCGUGGGGACUCCCCGUCACGACUCAGUCCUGCCAAGAGCUUCUCUGCGAAACGCCCUCUGCCCUCUGACCAGUCCAGCUAUCAGACCACAAAGAAACAAAGACUAUUGGACCAGAGUUUGCCUCUGCAGUCCCCCUCCAAUGGAGACCAUGGCCCCAAUGGGGCCCACAGCUCCUCGAGUCAAGGAAGCACUAGUGUACAGACCAAAACGGAGUUUGAAAGAACCAACAAUCACAUCCAGGGAUCCCCGAACGGUCUUUAUUCACAGCACAAACUCGCUGGCUCAGCUAAUACCCCCAAGCCAGAGAGGACGGAGCCGGCCCCCGCCGUACCAAGCCCCAAACCCCCACAGACUGAGGCCUCUAUUUGCACUGACCAGCCGCUUGUCAAUGGCCAGCAUAAAAAGAAGAGGUCCAAAAAGCAUAAGGAAAAGGAGCGAGAACGCUUAAAACCGGACUGGAUAGAGACGAGUCCAGACCUGAAGCAGAACCAGGAAAAUCUCAAAGAUCAUGAGGGCGAAAAAACUUCUGUCACUCGUGCAGUCGAGGAGCUGCCCGACUAUUUAUUAAAAUACAGAGCCAUAACAGCGCUGGAACAGCGUCAGCAGUAUAAAACUGACUUCUGCGCCGAGUACGACGAAUACAGAACCCUCCACAACCGGAUUGGUACCAUCACGGAAAUGUUUGUUCAGUUGGGGUCGAAGAUCAACUCUCUCUCCCCAGGGACGCAAGAGUACAAGCUUAUGGAGGACCAAAUAUUACAGAAGUACAGGAAGUAUAAAAAGAAGUUCCCCGGCUAUCGGGAAGAGAAGAAGCGGUGCGAGUACCUGCAUCAGAAACUGUCGCACAUCAAAAGUCUGAUCAUGGAUUAUGAUCGCACACAGGAGCCUUCCUAGUCACUGGCCUUGCCACUCACCAGGGUAGUGAUGCGACCGGACCAAAAGACUCCACAUGGACCAAAAGACUGCCCAGCUGGGUCCAGGAGUAACGAGGACCUCGGGUAAUAGCUGAAACAUUAUUCACUUUACUCCUCCGAGUGUAAAUGGGAUCGAGGAGCAGGGCUCUCUUUUCAAAAAGUGGGCCAAGACCACCGACUCGUGAUGAAACGACGCCCUUUAAAACAGUUUCUAAGAUGUGUUGUUGUUGUAAUGGCUGGAUAUAGUUCUGCUGUAAACUAGUUAGCUGACAUGAAAAGCCAAAUCCACUUUUCUAUCUGAAAAUUCCUCCUGUGGAAUUGCUUCUUUUUUUUUUUUUUUUAUCCUUUGUCUUUAUUGCCGCAACCAAAAAAAGGCGUAAUUAUUUUAUGGUACAAUCAAAGGGGGAAAACAAAUGCUACUAAAGAAUUUAUAUUUAAUUACAAUUUAAAUUGUUUUAUUUGCUAUUUCGACGACGGUACAAAUAUAAAAAAAGAGAAGAAAAAAAAAACUCCUUAACUAAUUUUGAAAUGGUUGAAAUCAAUCUAGCGCAAAAAUGAAAUCGCAUCGCUCCGGUGAUCCAGGCUGGCUAUAUAAGCAAUCUGUUUCUGCUCUGACCAUGUAUAUAUAAUAAUGAUAUAUAUAUAUAUAUAUAUAUAU